AUGGCGGAAAUACAGGAAACCCCCCUCGUCGACAGACGACCUCGCAAGUCGGUUGCCUUCAGCGAAGGCACAGUGAUCGUAGACGAGAAGGGUGGUGUUACGAUGAAAGCAGAUGGCCACGAUGAUACGAAAGACACGGCGCAGUCGCACGCAGCAAGUACGCCACUCUUCCCCGUCGCGUUGGGUAUAGUUACUGAUCCAAUCCAAGGCUUUGACGAUGCGGCAGAUGAGCCGACCAAAGACAACGAUGAUGUUGCAGAAAUGCUGAAGGGCAUGAAAAAGAAGAAGAGCAAGAAGCCCAAGACGGACGAUGGCGAAGCUGAGGGUGGCGAUGGCGAGGCAGCUGCCGAUGGUGGACUGGACCUCUCAACUAUGAAGAAGAAAAAGAAGAGCAAGAAGCCAAAGGAAGGCACCGACGAUGAUUUCGCGGCCAAGCUUGCGGCUCUUGAGAUCGAAGGCAAGGGAGAUGAGGGGGAGGCAACAGCGGAGAAGAAGCCUGUCGAUGAGGGUGAUAUGGAGAAGGGAACUGGUAUCUGGCAACACGACGAGACUAAGGCGAUCAGUUACGAACUCCUCCUCUCCCGCUUUUUCACUCUCCUCGCACAAAAGAACCCUGACCACGCCUCAAGCGGUUCGAGAAGUUACAAGAUCCCACCUCCUCAGUGCUUACGUGAAGGUAACAAGAAGACGAUUUUCGCCAACAUCGCCGAAAUUUGCAAGCGAAUGAAGAGGACUGAUGAGCACGUUACCUCCUAUCUGUUUGCUGAAUUGGGUACGAGUGGUUCCGUGGAUGGUAGCAGACGUCUGGUUAUCAAGGGUCGAUUCCAGCAGAAGCAGAUUGAGAAUGUCUUGAGGAGAUACAUCAUGGAAUAUGUUACAUGCAAAACCUGCAGAUCGCCCGAUACCGAGCUCAACAAGGGAGAGAACAGAUUGUACUUCAUUACCUGCAACUCUUGCGGCUCUCGACGAAGUGUUACGGCCAUUAAGACUGGUUUCUCUGCCCAGGUUGGCAAGAGACGGAGACAACAGGGUUAA